AUGUCUGACAACAAGAUUUUCGGGCUUCCGCCCUUCAUGAUUGACUUCUUGACUCGACUAACUAGCAACACAGUGGGUGGUGUUUCCGCCGCCGUCUCGAAGACUGCUGCCGCUCCCAUCGAGCGUGUCAAGCUUCUCAUCCAGAACCAGGAUGAGAUGCUCAAGCAGGGCCGUCUCGACCGCAAGUACAACGGUAUCACCGACUGCUUCCGCAGGACCAUCGCCGAUGAGGGUGCCUUGAACUUCGCUUUCCGCGACAAGUUCAAGAAGAUGUUCGGUUUCAAGAAGGAGCGUGAUGGCUACUGGUGGUGGAUGGCUGGUAACCUUGCCUCCGGUGGUGCCGCUGGUGCCACUUCCCUCCUCUUCGUCUACUCCCUUGAUUACGCUCGUACUCGUCUUGCCAACGACGCCAAGAGCGCCAAGGGUGGUGGCGCCCGCCAGUUCAACGGUCUCAUUGACGUCUACCGCAAGACUCUUGCUUCCGACGGUAUUGCCGGUCUCUACCGUGGUUUCAUGCCCUCCGUCGCUGGUAUUAUCGUCUACCGUGGUCUCUACUUCGGCAUGUACGAUUCCAUCAAGCCUGUCGUCCUCACUGGUACCCUCGCCAACAACUUCCUUGCCUCUUUCCUCCUCGGUUGGUGCGUCACCACUGGUGCCGGUAUCGCCUCUUACCCUCUUGACACCAUCCGUCGUCGCAUGAUGAUGACUUCCGGUGAGGCCGUCAAGUACAAGAGCUCUUUCGAUGCUGCUUCCCAGAUUAUCGCCAAGGAGGGUGUCCGCUCUCUUCAAGGGCCGCAUCAGGCGCCCGGCCACGGCCGCGUCCGAGUGCCGACGCAGGCGCCGACCGCGAUAACCGUCGCGCGGGGGCAGGGGCCUCAGCCGGGGAGCAGGGCCGGGGACACGAACGCGAACGCGGACGCGGACGCCGAGGUGGAGUCGGACGGAGGCCAUCAGGAGGACGGGGCCGCCAAGAUACCGGACGAGCUGCUCACGCGGAUCCUGCACGAGGCCUUCCGGAAGGAGGAUACGCGCAUGUCCAAGGCGGCGAACCGGGCGGUGGGACGGUAUUUUGAGAUAUUUGUGCAGGAGGCGAUUGCGAGGACGGCGCAGGAGAGGGAUGGGCGGUUCUUGGAGGUCGAGGAUCUGGAAAAGAUCACACCCCAGCUGAUUAUGGAUCUCUGA